AUGUGGCUCGUCGAAGCUAUCUGGAUUAUUUCACUCUUCGUCAUCACAUAUGGUAAACGCGACGAUUUAUCAAACGAUGAUGUUUUUCUCGGUCAACGUCAUCGUGGGUAUAAAGGAAAUUACAAUAAUCAGCAGCAAGCUAAUUCACCGUAUUUGCCGGUCUAUCAAUCGACAGCACGAGAACGCAAGCCCAAUAUCGUCUUGAUUCUCACUGAUGAUCAGGAUGUUGAACUUGGUUCGCUCAACUUCAUGCCGAAUACCCUGCGUCGAAUACGAGACGAAGGUGCUGAACUCCGUCACGCCUACGUAACAACACCAAUGUGCUGUCCCAGCAGAAGUUCACUCCUCACAGGUCGUUACGUACAUAAUCACGAGGUAUUCACUAACAAUGACAACUGUAGUAGCCCCCAAUGGCAGCGUGAUCACGAGCCCCAUUCGUUCGCAACUUACCUCAGUAAUGCUGGAUAUCGUACAGGAUACUUCGGAAAAUAUCUCAACAAGUAUAAUGGCUCAUACAUACCACCUGGAUGGCGUGAAUGGGGUGGCUUAAUAAUGAACUCGAGAUACUACAACUACAGUGUCAAUAUGAACGGAAAAAAGAUAAAGCACGGUUUCGAAUACAGCAAGGACUAUUACCCGGAUCUGAUAGCCAAUGACAGCGUAGCAUUUUUACGCCAGAGUAAGCACAACUUUGCCCGUAAACCGGUGAUGCUGGUUGCGAGUUUCCCAGCACCUCAUGGUCCGGAAGACUCUGCACCCCAGUUCUCCAAUCUUUUCUUCAACGUCACAACGCAUCACACUCCGGCUUAUGAUUAUGCGCCCAAUCCGGACAAACAGUGGAUUCUUCAAGUUACCCAGAAAAUGCAACCUAUUCAUAAACAAUUUACUGAUUUAUUGAUGACUAAGAGGCUGCAGACGUUACAGAGUGUUGAUAGUGCUGUGGAACGGGCUUUACCCUCAUCUACUUCAUCCCACGGGAUAACUGCUCUCCCCGAGCUCAACUUUCCUAAUUGGAUUGAUGACAUUGUACUGAAUAUUGAUCUGGCGCCAACCUUUCUUGAUAUAGCUGGAGUUGAGACACCUUUGCAGAUGGAUGGGCGAUCCUUCAAGAAAUUGUUUCUCAAUAAACACGGAAGAAGAACAAAGUUCAAAUGGCCGGACACAUUCCUUAUCGAGUCAUCAGGUCGUCGAGAGACGCCGGAAUCAAUAGCAGAAGCUAAAUUACGUGAGGCGAAACGACAAAAUACAACAUUAACGAAGAAUCAAGUGAAUACAAAUACUGGAGAGACUGCACGCACUGAAUCUGCAUUCGUAAGCGAUAGGAAUCUGGAGAAUGACACGGGCAGUGAUCAGGAUAUAUCGGACAAUGACGAGGAGUUUGAGGAUUCACUGGUGAAUGAUAAUGAAGAUCGUCUGGACAAUGGUGUUAAUCCAUUUUCUGAAUCUGGAUUGAGUACAAAGCACGAGCGUUUGGCCUUCGAGUGCUCGAGGCCAGAGUUACAGGCUAACUGUAUACCAGGACAAGUCUGGCGAUGUGAAAGAGAGGGGAACCGUUGGCGUCGUCACAAGUGCAGAUAUACACCACUGCCAACAAUACCCAUCCACAAAUCAACAAAAAAGUGUGCCUGUUUUACACCAAACGGUGUCGUCUAUACGCGACUAGAAUCUAAUGAUUACGAUGGACAAAAAAUGCCAUACACUAGAGACAAUCAUGCUGCUAUUUACGAGGAUAACGACAGCUUCUUCAAACGAGGAAAACGAAGUAUCGAUAAUGAAGAUGAUGAGUUUUUAGAAGAUACUAGAGAUAGGCGAGCAAUUGAUGAGGAGGAUGAUGAGCAAUUCAAGCAGGAAUUGGAAAUUCUCUCUGAUGAUUUUCAGCACGAAUGGACACGCCACAUGAUACAACAUCAAAGUCCACGGAAUUCCUCAAUUUGGAAUGAUAAUUACAGCAGCAAUGAUGAUUUAGACGCACUUGGGUACAAUGCAUACGAUUUCGAUCUGACUUUGAGGAAGGCUGUAAAAGGAACAUUGAACAUCGAUGAUUUGAUGAGGCGACAUAAAAGGGUGCGUAGAAAUGUUAUGAAAAAAGAUACCAUUGAGCAUGUAACGAAAAUAAUGGAGAGCAUUGAGGAAGAACUUGAUGGCCUUAAAGAGAGUCAAGCACGUCAAUCAAACACUUCAAAAAUGCUGCCAAAAUGUUUGAUAUCAGCUAGUGGUGGUGUCAAUUGUACUCAAUCAAUCUAUCAAGAUCCAAACGAGUGGAGAAUUUCACGCCGAGAAAUCGAGCAACAGAUCAAAGAAAUGCGAAUACAGUUGGAGAGUUUAAAGGAGAUCAGACGACAUCUCAUGAUGAAACGCCCACUCGUAAUAGAUACUAAUGAAAAUGAUGAAGCUAAUGAUACAUUGCACAAGCACCAUUACCAUAAUCAUCAUGUGCAUCAUCAUGGGAGAAAUCAUACGAAUCGUCAUCACAAGAAACACGAGAUGAGUCAGACUACGGUGACUCCUUCAUCUCUUCAAUUUAAUAGCGAAAGUGAUAUUUAUGAGAUUAAAACCACUACUCAAGUUCCUGAGGCUUCGUCGAGUAAAAAAACAACCCAUGGAACUCCAAACGUUACUACCGUAGCCUCGGUACCUCUCAAAACUAAAAACUCAUCGCGAAGACAAAAAAUAAAUAAAGAAACGGAGACUCGCGUGGAGGAGGAAGAGAGACCUCGAAGGAAGAAGAAUCAUAAUAGAGGGAGAAACAACACCAUUUUGACCAACAAUAUUCAUGAAAACAAAGAACCACCAGUACAAUCAACAACAUCAAGUGGUUCAAGCGAUGUGGUGAGCACUCGAGUGGCUUCUCAAGCUACAAUUGUAUCUACCACUCCAAUCAUAUCGUCAACAGAGAUCACGACGAAAAAACCUUUAAGGAGCCAGAAUAACCGGACGAAUGGCCUUGGAGCUGCUCGAAUUGAUGUGACUAUUCUAGAAUCUCCAGAUCGAAAGUACAAUCAUGAAGCUGAUUAUUCUCCUAACAACUCGCGAUUGCCACUUCAGAAUGGUUCGAUAGAUGCUAAGCACAAAUGCUAUUGUGAGCCCGAUGUGCAACCGAAAAGAGACGAGAAAGAUGUGGUGAGGGAUGAGAAGAGACGAUUGAAAGAGGAACGGUUGAGGAAGAAGGAGAGAAAACUGAAGAAAAAAGCUAAACUGGAGAAAGAAUGUUUAACUGAAAAGAUGAACUGCUUUGAACAUGACAAUGAUCAUUGGAGAACUGCACCGAUGUGGAACGCUGGUCCGUUUUGCUUUUGCAUGAAUGCUAAUAACAAUACGUACUCAUGCAUACGUACCAUCAAUGCGACACAUAAUUUUUUGUACUGCGAAUUCACCACAGGACUUGUGACAUUUUACAAUUUACGGGUUGAUCCGUUUGAGCAGUGGAAUAGGUAUCCAUUCUUGACUGAUGCCGAAAAGUUCUAUCUUCAUGAUCAGUUGGAGCACUUGAAGAGAUGUCGGGGAACAAGAGACUGCACUGUUGGAAGUGCUAGGGAGAAUUCCGUCAUGCCACAGACCCAGCCACAUCAGAGAUUCAUCACUAAACGGAAGUACAGUAAUUCUUUAGAAGACAUGUUCGUGCCAUCAACUCUGCAAAUAAUUCGCGAGAGCGAACUUGGAAGUCCGAACAAGAGACGUAAAAAAUUGCAAACCUCAGAAAAUCGACGUAGUCGAAGUUGGAAUCAUCACUCGACUCCUAUCAACUCUCGCCGACAUCGGCAUCAGUACUGAGAUUCUUUUAACUGUCAUAAAAAAAACAAUACUGCUCUGAUAAUGAAGUUACUGGUGUUUUACUAUUGAAACUGCACGACAGAUUCUAACGUGAAUAUCAACGAUUUAGAGUGAUUAGAUAAUGAAUGAGAAAAAAAAAACUACAAUCAACUUGUCACGAGAAGAGUAGAACGCACAACGAAUUGAAUGGUAUUGCGGGGAAUUUUUUCCAAUUGUUUGGAAAAUGAGUAAUUGCAGUUACAAGUCGAGAUAAAUACUGCAAAAUGCACUUUUUAAGGCUUACGAAUUGGCAUAUGAAUUGUCCAUCAAUGAGAAGGAAUGAUAAUCAUAUGGCUUUGUAAUUAUUAAUGAUCAUGAAAUAUUUCAUCGGGGUCCUGACGAAAUAUUUUUCUGCUCGAAGACGUGAGAUAUCGAUUUAAUAAGCAAGUACUUUUGUAAAUAAUGUACUGAGCUCGGUUACAUGCGCUAUGAAAAUUAAUGCAAAACAGAAAUGAGUGGAGACUCCCAUUGUAGGUGAUGAGUGUAAUUAUAGAUAUGUGAUAUAUUAAUUUAUUUCAACGUGAAAUUGGAAUGUCUUGUUUUAGUAAAUUUGUAUUUAACUAUUAUGAA